CUCUCGUGCCAACAUAGCCUCGGUCCUUGAGGAAUAUGAUUUUCUCUGCUGCCUAAAAAAUCACAUACUCGUUCAAAUAAAACGGACACACUCCCUACUUCCUAUUCCUGGCCAGUUCUUAAGUUUUAACACACACCAGUUGUUCGAGGAAUUUCCUCAAAGAAAAAGAAAGAUGCAUUGCUUCUGGAAAUCAAGAUGGGCUGGCUUUUUGUUCCAAAACAUUAAAACUAACAAAUCUAAGCCUCCUUUAUAUUCCACAAAGCAGCAGCAUAACCAACUGCCACUUGAGCUGCAAGAAGCGUGUAAAGUUAUUUCGAGCUGGAUUGGUGGUUUGGAUGACUUAGAGUUGAGUUUAAAUCAAUUUAAAGGUCAGUUAACAUAUCCUCUUGUUACACAAAUUAUAAAUUCCUGCAAACAUGAGGCUCCUUCCAGAAGAAUCUUGAGAUUUUUUCUGUGGUCCAAUAAAGUUUUGGAUUCUGAAAAACUGAAAGAUGAUGAUUUCAAUCAUGUCAUUCGAGUUUUGGCCGAGAAGAAGGAUCACACAGGAAUGCGUAUUUUGAUUUCGGAUUUAAGGAAGGAAGGCCGCGUAAUGGACCCACAAACUUUUGCUCUUGUAGCUGAGACUUUGGUUAAACUGGGGAGAGAAGAUGAGGCGUUGGGUAUAUUCAAGAACUUGGAAAAGUUCAAGUGCCCACAAGAUGGUUUUGCUGUUACUGCCAUUAUAAGCGCUCUUUGUGCGAAAGGGCAUGCUAAGAAAGCACAAGGAGUGUUUUCGCACCAUAAGAAUAAUAAGAUAUCCGGUUUAGAGCCUUGUGUUGUUUAUAGGUGUCUUUUGUAUGGGUGGUCCGUGCAGGAGAACGUGAAGGAAGCUCGAAAGAUUAUCCAAGAGAUGAAGGGAGAUGGGUUAAUCCCAGAUUUAUUUUGUUAUAAUACUUUUCUCAAGUGCCUUUGCGAAAGAAAUCUUAAACGCAAUCCAUCUGGACUUGUCCCUGAAGCUCUGAAUGUGAUGAUGGAAAUGAGAUCAUAUAGGAUUGAGCCAAACUCAAUUAGUUACAAUACAUUGCUUUCUUCUCUUGGGAGAGCAAGAAGAGUUAAGGAAUCGUAUAGGAUGCUUGAGACAAUGAAAACAACAGGUUGUGCUCCUGAUUGGGUUAGUUAUUUUCUUGUUGCAAAAGUGAUGUAUCUGACUGGUAGAUUCGGUAAAGGAAAUGAAAUAGUUGAUGAGAUGAUUGGACAGGGGCUGCUGCCAGAUCGUAAGUUUUACUAUAAUUUGAUUGGUGUUCUCUGUGGAGUUGAGAGGGUGAGUUAUGCCCUUGAGUUAUUUGAACGAAUGAAGACAAGCUCGUUGGGUGGUUAUGGGCCUGUAUAUGAUAUUUUGAUACCAAAGCUUUGUAAAGGUGGGGAUUUUGAAAGGGGUAGAGAGCUAUGGGAGGAGGCCACUGCUAUGGGUGUCUCUUUUAGCUGCUCCAGUGAUGUGUUGGAUCCCUCUAUCACUGAGGUUUUCAAGCCCAGAAGGAAGGUGGAAGAAGAUGUCAAGCUUGAGAAAUUCAGCAGAAACGAGAUCCCCAGACUCGAGCCCAAGUCAAGACGAGAAAGGGGGAAGGUGAAGAAGAAAAUCAGGGGGAAAUGACAAGUAUGAUUAGAGAUUUCUUAGAAAAUCAAUGUCAGUUCAUCAUAUCAUAGCUUUGUUGUUGCGUGGAGUACGAGGUCAAGCCUAAAAACUUAACAGCACAGACAAGAGGAGGAAGAGGUCAAGCUUAACUACUUGAGCACAGACAAGAAUUCAAAGACUCGACAAGAUAAACGAGAAAAAUACAAGUAAAAAGAAGGAAGAUAUAUUAGAAGAGAAAACUUGCUUAAGAAAUCAGUGGUCUUGUUCAUAUCACAAAUCUCUUAAUAGUUUUUAGUUUCAAGAGAUUAUGCUUUCUCAUUAUUUUAAAUGAUUAGUUCUCUUUGAUCCAAAAAUCGUACUGUCCAGUAGAUUACGUUCGGACAUCCUUUCAUAGCCCAACUUCAUAAAUACGAAUUAUAUGUUGUAACAGUCUGUUUUGAAGAUAUAUAAAUACGAACUGAAGUGAGUUAUCUG